AUGAGUACCACAGGAAGCUGGACAAUUGAACGAAGCGAUGGCGUCAUCGUUAAAAUUGAUAAACCGAAUGUCUCUUUUCGCUUCGGCCGCGGAAAGGAACUUCCUCCUGGACAGCAACUUAACGACAAGUACAUCUCCCGGAAUCACAUCUCAUUCGAGUGUAAAUCAUCUUCGCUUUUCGCAAAGCAAAGCGGCCGGAACCCAACAUUUUAUUCAGCAGCGUUCCGUCAAGUUCCGAGAGCCGGAUUGGAGUUCCGGCCUGCCGAUGCCAACAAAACUUCUGCCGCGCAACCCGAUGGUUCCGGCAACAAAAAUGAGGAAAAUAUUGUUUUCGUUCCAUGUGGUAAUGAAAAAACAAAUCAAGUUGUGAUAAGCAGCAGCGGGAAUGAAAUAGAACUGUGUACCCUUCACUUCCCAGAGGAGUUGAGACUCCCAAAACUUACGGUACGUUACACACCGCCACGCAUAGAAAAGGUGGAUCACAUGCCAAGAGGUGUUCCCGCCGUUCCACUCGUUUUCCCUAAGGAUGAUGAUGAUGAUGAUGACGAUGACAAUAACAACAACAACAACAGUCACGGCUCCACCCCGCCUGCUUGGCGCGGGAUUCUUGACGCCGUUCUUCAAUCCAAUAAAGGCAGUGACAGUUAA